AUGGCCUCAACGCGCCUUUGCCACGUGUCCGCCUCCCUGUCCGCCUCCCUGUCCGCCUCCCUGUCCCACCGCACGCUUCUCCCCGAUCCUUCACACCCGACCUUCGAUUUCACUCUAGCAGCGCGCCCAGCCGUUCCGCACCGGCGGCGCGCCCUCCGCGUAUCCGCUCCGCGCGCGCAAGCCGACGAUGGCUCGAGUCAGAGAAGCGGGCCGCGGUGGGACCCGUUAUUAGCAGACUCGGGAACGGACUGCCCGGUUCCGGAGGAGCAGCAGCCUAUUAACGAGUACCAGAGCCUCCUAGAGAGCGCGGUGUUCCCAUGGGUCACGCUGGACAGUCUUAGCUACGCGCUGCGGCUCGUGGGCGUUGGAGUGGUUGUCUCCGCGCUGAUUGGCUGGCCCGUCGCGUCGCUGACGUUCGAUCCCAAGAGGGACGCGUUACAGUGUUUGCUAGGGUCGCUGGGCGGCGGGCAGUUGGCAGUUACUUUGGCGGCGCUUCGGCUGUAUCUGGGGUGGUCGUACAUCGGCAACAGACUCUUCAGUGCUACAGUGGAAUACGAGGAGACGGGGUGGUACGACGGGCAGGUGUGGGUGAAGACCCCCGAGCUGCUGGCACGAGACAGGCUGCUCGCCUCCUACAAGGUGAAGCCAGUCCUGAAUCGCCUCAAGUCCACCCUCCUGGGCUUGGGCCUCUCCCUUGCCGCCACCACCGCCCUUCUCUUCCUCCUCCCCUCCUCCUCCUCCGCCUCCUCCUCCCUCUCCAGCUUCACUCCUGCCUCCUACAUCCCGGACUCACCUGCCACGUCGGCACUGACAGCGCAGGAGCGAAGAGCUGGUCAGGUGGUGGGAGGGGAUUAUAUGGAAGAUGAAGUGGUCCAGGCAUCCCCGCUACUAAAUAAUAUUCCUGGGUGUGGGCCAACAGGAUCAGCGGGGCAAGAUGAUGUUUGA